AUGUGGCUGGUGUGUGUGUUCAUCAUUCAGAAAGGCUACCAGGAGUGUGAGAUAGGCUUGGAGAGCUCUGUCAUCACCAAAGUCAAGGGCAUGACACAGUCACCAAGUAAGGGUGGGAGCACUUUCAGCAUCCUCACGCGGGUGGAGGUCAGCCCUGCCCAGACGAUAGCGACCUGCCCUGAGAGGCUGACAGUCUGCAGUGCUGUGUGCAACUCCAACCACGACUGCACCCCUGGGGACAUGGAGGUGUUGGGCCAAGGCGAGCUGGAGAUGUGCAGGGACCAGUGGUCUGCCCAGCCGUUGCACAGCAGGCAGGAUAGCGCUCGCCAGGAAGUACAGCACUGUGCACCUGUCCUCACAGGAGAGAAGACAGGGCGCUGCAUGCCCAAUGCUGGUGGCACCGAGAAGAGCCGUGAGAUCCUGGCUUGGUGCCCAGUAGAUGAAGGGAGUGUCAGGUACAGGCACCACGGAUGGGACCUGGCAGUGGGGAGGACAGUCCUCUGGCAGGAUGGAGCAGGCACCAAAAUCCUGGCCCAUCUUCUGGGUCCUGUCGGACACCAAGGGCUGCUCUGGGGGUGCCCUGGCACAGGCUGUGCCGAGAGGGGCCAUGCUGCUCCCCAAGCAGCGGCGCUCAGUUCUUUCUGCAGUGAGUCGCUGGCGAAGAUGGCACCACAGUUCACCAUCCUCAUCAAGAACAACAUCCGUUUCCCGUGCUUUGGCUUCUCCAAGGGCAACAUUCAGGCUGCUGAGAGCGGUUACUUGAAAAGCUGCACCUUCAAUGCCACCUCUGCCCUUUGCUGCCCCAUCUUCAAGCUGGGCUUCAUCGUGGAGCAGGCGGGAGAGGACUUUAUGGAGCUGGUUGAGAAGGAUGGGGUGAUUGGUGUGAUUAUCAACUGGAACUGUAACCUGGACCUGCCUGACACCGACUGCACCCCCCCCCCCCCCCCCCCUCUCUUCCCCCCGUUUGCCAAGUAUUACAAGCAGAAUGGGACCCAUAGACGAGUGUUGAUCAAGGCCUAUGGGAUCCGUGUCGAUGUGAUCGUGCAGGGCCGGGCAGGGAAGUUUAGCCUGAUCCCCACUGUCAUCAACCUGGCCACAGCUCUGACCUCAGUGGGAAUGGGUUCCUUCCUCUGGGACCGGAUCCUGCUGAGCUGCAUGAACAAGGACACGUACAGCAGCAGAAAAUUUGACCAGCCCUGUCUGAAAGCCGGCAGAGCGGGCAGCAGGGUGGGAGCUGCCAGGGCAUCCAGUUCCUCCAGCCAUCUCCCACCCCUCAGCAGGCUGAAGGUGCUUCGGAGGCUGCUGCUACAUGAGGUACAUCACCCCAGGGCUCUCCAGCCUCUAGAGAGUCUGACCCUCCUCAGGUACAGCUACAGCUGGAAGGGGCCACUGUGCCAGGCUGUGAUAACAUUUCCUCUGUCCUUGACCAGCCGGGUCCCACCCAGCUCUGAGCUACCUGCUUUUCCUGCGCCAAGCUGCCUGUGGAUGGCCGAGAUAUGCCUGACAGCUCACCUGCUGCUGCUGCCGCCAGCAGCCACGUCCCCUUCUCUUUCCUCAGCCAGGCUUCAAGAAGCUCCAGGCAGGUCCUGCCCCAUGGCUGCCUGCUGCUGUGAGUCCGUGGUGAUGGGAAAAGCCUCGGCCAGGGGCAGGACUGUGGUGCUGAGACCAGCUGUUUUGGUGGCUUUCAGGAGCCUUUGCUCUGGAGCAGGAAGCAGUGCCCAGUUGCUUCUCUGUGCCAGUGCCGGUGCCGCAGGGUAGUGGGGCUCUGGGUAUUGCCAUUACCUAGCCAGCAUAGAGCACUGGCAGCCCCAUCCUGGAACAGCUCCUGGCUGUGGACAUCCAGGCCCUGCAGGCAGUGGUGGUGACACCACCUGUAGGCUUGUUAUGAUUUUAAGGCAGUGGAAAGAGCCAAGUAAUCCCAUGCAAUCCUGCCCAUGAACGUCCUAGAGGGUUAGUUGAAUCACUGCCUUAUGGCAGGGGCAGAUACCUGGCAGAGUGCUCCAUGUGUCCACCCCUCUGCUGGUCCAGGCCUGCCUGUAUGCUUGGGACACUGUUGGUUGAGUCCCAUGUAUCAGCAGUGUCUCCUUUUACCUGGGCCCUGUGGCUCACUCCAUCAACUGCUGUUCUGUGUUACUGCCAUAUUAUGUUACUUUUCACCUCUGGGGACAGCUUGCCUCUUCCUGCCACUGGUAAAUAUCUAUAACCUCUUCUUUUGAAACUCCACAGUGUGACUGUUCCUCAGGUUUGUCCUCUGUUGAAAUUGUUCCCAAGCAGGCCAGUUUCAUGCUGGUUAGUAGCAGGGAGCAUAAGGACUUUUGGGUCGUUAAGGUUGUCUAUCUAAGAUCCUUGUUGGUUAGAAACAGGAAGUAACAAGGAAAGUCCUAAAGUAAAUCCAAAGAUACACAAAACGAGCAGGCACUAAGAGAGACAGUGAUGAAGACCAGAACUCUUCUGUCAUUGAUUGAUGGGCCAUUAAAGGAACCACUUCUUAGCCUUGAGGGCCAACCUGAACUUUGUAAUUGAUAGUGGGAA